GGACAGACACCAAACAUUGGACCAUUUCUCCUCUCCUCCUCCUCUCCUCCUCUCCUCCUCCUCCUCCUCCUCUCCUCCUCCCCGAAGUGCCAAGAGACCCCGACACCGUGCGCUAUGCAUUCAGUCCUCUCCGCACUGACCUGCCUAUGUUUACACACACUUCUGCUCUGUUCCGAGAUUCCGGCUUCCACGGAGGAGAAUGUGGAUUUCCGGAAUCAUGUGGAGAAUCACACCAGGCUGAGGGAUGAUGUGAGCCGAAAGCACGUUCGCCUCUAUCAACUGUACAGUCGCACAAGCGGCAAACACCUGCAGGUCCUGGGGAGACGGAUCAACGCUAAGGGAGAGGAUGGAGCCAAGUAUGCCCAGCUCUUAGUGGAAACGGACACAUUUGGCAGCCAGGUGAGGAUCAAAGGGAAGGAGACGGACCAUUACCUCUGUAUGAACAAGAAGGGGAAGCUGGUGGGAAAGCUCAAUGGUCGAAGCAAAGAAUGUGUCUUCAUAGAGAAAGUUCUAGAAAAUAACUACACUGCACUGAUGUCUGCGAAGUACACCGGCUGGUACGUCGGCUUCACCAAAAAGGGACGGCCGAGAAAAGGGCCAAAGACCCAGGAAAAUCAGCAGGACGUACACUUUAUGAAAAGGUACCCAAAGGUGCAAGGAGAGACACAGAAACCGUUUAAGUUCACCACAGUAACCAAAAGGACUAGGCGAAUACGGCCUUCAAACCCCAGUUAGGAACUUCACAGACUCUUAAUGGCACCAGAGGAAUAUUUUUGCAUUUUUAAAAAAAAAGGAAGAUAUUCUAUUUUUGUACAUUUGUGUGUCAAACUGGACGGAAACUGCGGGGAGCUGAGCGUACUCAACUAUGACCAGGUGUCCCAUACCGAACAGGUGCAUUGGUGGUUGUCAAAGGAAUGAAGAUAUAUUGUGUAUGAGACUGGAUCUGCAAGCAAGCGGAUGGCCGUGAUUCCGCAGGCAACGAAACACGGAACAACUUCAAAGGUGAAUAUCAAAGUGGGAUUUGCGUGGAGCUAGUUUGAUCAAUGCUGGCACACCUGCAGCCAGGGAGUACCAUAGAACUCGCAGCAAAGACCAAACUUUUUGUGAUAUAAAUACCAUAUACCGACAGUCAAACUCUGCCGUGUGUUCCACACCGGGGAUUGCUACCAAUAUGCUGCUAUACAUCAAAGGAAAAACUUUCCCCUUCCCCCUCCAGUAAAAGAAAGCUACAAUGACGAGGAAAUAUUUUAAAACCAGCUGUAUUGUGAGCAACUAUUUAUUUCACCUCUGUGUAUAUUACAGUCCCUUGAAGCAAACUAUACUGCCUCAGUGAUUAAA